CGUCGCGCUGUGGUUCAGCAGCUCCAUUGCAGUGUGGUGGGCUCAUACGGAGGUGCUGGUUACAGAGAGGCAGCAGUUGGAGGAAACGUAAUCGACCUGUGUGACCGCUCUGGACAAACACCACCCUGCUUCCCCUCAAACAGUCACCGGCUCACAUUGUCAUCACCAGCUCUAGUACGGGUGAUCCCUCAGUGAGUGACAAAUGUGCGACACAGCAGAGAACCAUUUGCCUCUCCCAGUGGACAUCUGAGUUGUGGCACACUGAGGCAGCCGGUGGGGGUCUUUGAGGAAGAUGCUAGGUUCAGAGCGGGGCGUCGUAGAAGAAUGGCUCUCAGAAUUCAAGUCCUUACCCGAAACCCACAUCCCCAGCUACGCCGGCAGCCUCCAUCUUAAGAAGUCCCUGGUGCCAGCGCUCUACCGAGUCAUCCAGGACCCCAACAAUGAGCUGCUGGAGCCUGUGUGCCACCAGCUGUUUGAGUUGUACCGGAGCUCUGAAAACCGCCUGCGACGCUUCACCCUGCAGUUCCUGCCUGAGCUGGUGUGGGUUUAUCUGAGGAUCACAGCCAGCAGAGAUCGUCAGAGCAAUGGCUGCAUAGAGGCUCUCCUCUUGGGCAUCUAUAACCUGGAAAUUGUGGACAAAGACGGCAAUGGCAAACUCCUGUCUUUCACAAUUCCAUCUCUGUCCAAACCAUCCAUAUAUCAUGAGCCUUCUAGUUUGGGGUCCAUAGCACUGACCGAGGGGGCUCUCUGUCAACAUGACCUGAUCAGAGUGGUGUACAGCGGCCUCCACCCCCAGAGAGAGACCUUCACAGCUCAGAACAGGUUUGAAGUGCUGUGUUUCCUCAUGCUCUGCUACAACUCCGCCGUGGUGUUCAUGCCCCUUUCUUCCUACCAGUCAGUCUGCAGAAUGAGCUCACGGUUGUGUGUCUGUGGCUUUCCUCGGCAGCAGCAGAAACUGUGGAGGGAACCAUGCAACCGUGUGCUGCUGGAUCCUGAGUUCAUGGUCCAGAUGUUGACUGCUGUGUAUCAUGCCAUAUACAAUGGAGAGUGGGAGAUGGGGCGGGAAGCGCUGGAGGACAUUCUGUACAGAGCUCAGCUAGAGCUUUACUCCCAGCCUCUCCUGCUGGGCAACGCCAUGAAGAACUCGCUGCCGGACAGUGCUCCCUCUGAGCCGCAGGGCCGCAAGGUGCUUCAGGUAGAGGUGACGCCCACCAUUAGCCGCAUCUCCAUCUCAGCCAUUACCACCGCUUCAAUACGGCGCCACCGCUGGAGGAGAGAGGAUUGUUUUGACCACUCAACCGAUGCAGAGUUGAGCCUCAUCGUCAAUCCUCCUAGCCUCACCCAGCAGAAGCACCACCACACUUCUUGGGACGCGUCAUCCAAAGAAGAAAGAGGAGGGCGGGCUCACAGCCACCACAGCAGCAGCAGCAGCAUCAUUCCCCCCAUCACACUUGAGGAUGCUGACGGCAUGAGUGGCGGCGAGGACUCCUUCAACAUCAAUGACCCGGACGAGGGUUUCUCCUCCGGGGCGUCCAACAGCAGCCAGCCCAGCGGCAUCAAGGCGAGCGGCAACGUGGGGCCGCGGCACGACAGCCUGAACAGCAGCAGCAGCAGUAUCAAGAAAGCCAUCACAGCACGUCUGACACGGGACAAGGAGAGGGAGCGAGAGAGGGAGCGAGAGAGGGAGCGUGAGAGGGAGCGAGAGAGGGAACGAGAGAGGGAGCGAGAGAGGGAGCGAGAGAGGGAGCGAGAGAAGGACCGGGAGAAGGAACGGGAGAGGGAACGGGAGAGGGAGCGAGCGGCAGAAAAACAGGCAGAAUUGUCUGCAGAUCAGCAGGCUGCUGUGAGGAGGCAUCACCAGAGGCAGCAGUCGCCUUCGGCCAGCAUUACCCUGGAUGCCAUCCAGCUGAGCCCCAUACGGAAGCACCUGAGCUUCCCUGUGGGGCCCACGCUGGUGCGGACUGGCAGCACCUCCUCCAGCAAGUCCUUUGAUUUCAUGAAUCUGAACCUGAAUGGAGACGAGAAUGAGCAGGGCAAGGCGCUGGGAGGCUCCAAAAAGGAAGCUGGGCUCCCAAUCGGCGGCUCCCACCGCCACUCCACCAUUAGCUUACAAGAGGAGCACCUCAUCAGGCCGGAGGACGCACAGGACCUCCUGUCUCCUGGAGCUCCUCUCACCAAGCAAUCCCGCUCCCCCAGCUUCAACAUGCAGAUCAUAUCACAGGUCUAACAUGGGAUGCAGGGCAUGAUACACACAGACACACACACAAAACAAACACUGUACUUACUCAUAACACACCACCUCUUACAGUUUUUCCUCUGUGACUCUUUUCAGCCCGACUACCACUACUACACAACUACCUAAUGUAUGUGUGUGUGUGUGUGUUUGUGUGUGCGCGUGUGUGUGUUUUAAGGAAUACACCCAUUUAACAUCCAUCAAAGGUAUAAUUGUGGCCUGCAGUUACCGAGAAUGCAACAGAAGUAAAGUAGUAAAUAAAUCAUAACUGUACACUGGUGUAAUGACAGUGGAGUGUAAAUGAGUCGCAGCAUCCUCCCCGUCUGUCCUCACAGGAACUCUCCUCCCCUCCUUUGUUUGGACGCCACGCUAGCUGUAGGAUGUUAUGACAUCUCAGAUUCCUUGAGCUCCUGACUGAAUGAGUUGUCAUGAAUCAGCAAUAACACUCACCUUUUUUGCUCAUGUGGAGAAGAGCUGGAAAUGACAGCUCUCUCCCUCUCUCUUCAUUCCUUCCCCAUCAUUCCCGGGCUCACGUGCAAUCGUUCUUGCGGAUUAUCUUCCUCUAGUUCACUGCUGAUUUUAAGUACGCAGAAAUGGUUUUAUGAAAAAAAAAGAAAAGAAAAUAUGAUUUAAAUGUUUGUUAAUCACAAUCCAAAGAAGGUCGAUUGUUUUGUUCCUUAUCACGUCGCUGAAAUCAGAUGUUUGUCUCAGACCGUGUGACUCUGAUUUAAGAUUGUUGUCAAACCAAACUGGAAUGUGCUUAGAGUGCGUCUGACAUUUUAACUGGACACAUCUGAAGUAAUCACUACUGUGCAGCUAUACAAAGAGGAAAGAAAUUGUCUUUUUUUUACUUGAUUUAAAAUCUGAAGCUGAAGAAGUGGAGUGUAACAGUGCGGGUUUCUGUUAAAAGCUAAAAGGCAAUGACUGUAUUUUGUACUGGACUGUUGUUCUGGUUGAAACCAUCUAAUGGGCGUUGGUGUUUGUCAGUCUGUGCUAAGGUCUCAGUCAACUCUGAUCUGUUAAACUACUGCCCCCACUGGAGGCUUGUAGAGCUGCAACUAACGAUUAUUUUUAUAAUCGAUUAAUCUGUCGAUUGUUUUCUCGAUUAAUCGUUUGGUCCAUAAAUUAUCAGAAAAUCUUAAAAAAUGUUGAUCGGUGUUCGUCAUACCUGGAAAUGAUGAUGUUCUCAAAUGUCUUGUUUUGUCCACAAACCAAAAAUGAUUAACUUUUAAUGAUUUCUUUGUUAUCCAGAGCAAAGGAAUUAAGAAAAUAUUCACAUUUAAGAAGCUCAACGAAACAGAAAUCUUGUUUGAAUCAUGAAAAGAGCUUCAAACCGAUAAAUCGAUUAUCAAAACAGUUGGCGAUUCAUUUAGUAAUCGAUGAAUCCAUUAAUUGUUUCAGCUCUAGAGGCUUGUAGUAGUCACUGUGCGUCAGCGGUGACCAACGGUAACGGUCGUCGUCGCCUCCUGCUUUGUGGCUCUGAUUGGAUGAUCAUGAAACAUUUUGUUCUACCUCAUUGUGUGUGCCCACCUGCCACUCGCGUACAAUCACAUGCAGGAUGAAAAGGCCCCAUUUAUGUGUUGAGUCUGAGAGUGGAGCACUUGAGCAGCCCGGGCAAUGAGACAGUGGAGGACCAGUACGGACUCUGCACUGCAAAUUUGAUGGCAUUGUAAACAUCGGCGUGAAGAGCUUUUGACUCAAUAUCUCUGGUCCUGCAUUUCAGUUCACGUCAUGAACGAAAAUCUAACACGACUGCCAACAGGUUUUCACAUUUCCUGUCCUAUAUCAAGACAACCACACUGGCAGUUAAUGCUGAUUCAUCUUUUUGUAUUAUUAUUAUUGUUGUUGUUAUUAUUAUUCAUCCAUUUUAAAAGUGCAGUUGAGUUGUGCAUGGAGUUGAAUCGUCUUUGCUGUCAAAUGCCUGCGUCUGCACACAGUGGUAGCUCGUGUUCAUCGCGCUCUCCGCUCAGACUGAGUGAUUUUGUCUGCAUGUGUAGCUCCCGACAAAGCACUGCUGUUUUUAGAUGCGUGACGUGGCCAAGUCAAACCCAAGUCUUUUUCUUUCUUUUUUUGCCAGAUGUGCCAAAACAUCCUCUUAAUCUCUUUUUUUGUCCAGUGUCUUAAUUUAAAAUGCCUUGUUUUUCUUUUCUCUUCUUUCUUUUAAAAAGUUGCUUCACCUUUUUUUUUUUUUGCCAUUGUGCAGCACACUGUCCUUUCACAAUCACGUCUGAGCUCUGCCGCACAUGUAAACACAGAACAUUAUGCAUUUGUGUAGUGUAGGUGAUGUGAGCUGUUGUUGCUGUUGUUGUAGUGCAUCCCCCCCCCCAUGUCUUGCUCUCCUGCUCGUUGAAAACGAGGGUGAACGGUCGAUGUAUAUAAAAGUCAGUUCCGUCUGCAGUGAAACUCUUGCACAACGCUCAAACCUUCACCACCACCGCUGCUGCUUCUGUUUCAAGUGAGCCCCCUUUUUUGUGCUCCCCCCACUCGUAAAACAUUUAAAGCAAAAGAGCUUUGAUUGCAGGCUCUUGGGCUUCACAGCGCUCCUCUUCCUCCUCGUGCUGGACUUUGACUGUGGAGGAAGAAGAGUGGUGGUGACGGUUCACUCUCUCACCUGUUCUGUCUGCUGUCACAUCUCUGUGCUGUGUCUCUCUCUGUGUGAGCCCAAUUACCAUAUGCUGUAUUUUGCUGUGAGUUGAGUGACAUUUUAUUUCCUGCUGUUUUUAAAAGUUGGUGAAAUGUUCAUGUCAUUGUAAUAUACGAGUGGCCCUGACUGAGAUUACCAGCAGCCAUGUUGGUUCUGUAUGUUGACCUACAGUAAUCCCUCACUGUCUGGUUUUAUUUGCAUUUAAAUGAUCAGGGCGGGAAAUGAACAACGUCAAAAAAAAGAAAAGAAACUUGGCUGUGCCUGAAAAUGUUCUCUUCUGUUCAUGUUUGCAGAAUAAGAUCAGAAAACUUAAAGGAAAUCACUUUUUGUCAGGCACUGCUGCAGGUGGACAACGUUCAUUUCCUGUCCUGCAUGUGAUAACUGUGGGCUUUUGUUUUCAUACAGUAUAAUGCACUUUAAUCCAUCCACCUCUCUCUCCUCAAGAUAAUUAUUGAAAUUAUAUAUUAUAGAUGUGCUAAUGUGUAUACACUCAAUGCAGGGUUUUAGUCUCUUUAAAGUAGUACUUCUAUGUGAUGUCACAUCCAACAGCAAUGCUAUUUUUGUUAGUCUAAGGGUACAGCUAUUUUUAUUUUUUAUUUUUAAAACCAAAAAAUAAAAAAGAAGAAGAAAAGAAUAAGUUAUGUGGUCCAGAAGGUCUCAGGAGUAAAUCAGAAUGCCACAUUUUUAAAAAAAAAUGGCAGCAUCAAAAUUUCUGUUUUCAAAGUCAGACUUGAUUCUAUGCAACAUUUUCCUCCCCCCCUUUUAUUUUUAUUGAUACACAGGCUUUCAUUGAUCCUUGUCGUGUGGGAAGAGGCAGAUGCAUUUGAUCUAAUACUUUUAAGGUGCAAGUCCUCGGCCAUAUCCCCAUUCAACAAUUCUGUUUAUACACCCUGUUGUGGUGCUAUAGAGUGAAGGACCUUUCUCGUGUGGGUGAAAUAACUGGACCAUUAAUUUGUCAUCUGGACACCCUCAAAGAGAGAGAAAGCCACGGCUGGACUUUGGUGCAUGACGAGCCCUUAUGUCGGUUUAUUUCUCUGUGGCUCAAAGACGUCGGUUCGGCGAAUGAGAUGUAAACGGAUUUAUCAGCGGUGAAUCUCAACGGAGACGCUUCGAAAGGAAGCUGCUGUAACAUGUGGUAACACUGUACCACUGAUGUUGUAUAAAUGGAGAGAAAGACUUAUUUUAAAUCUUGUAAAUAACAGAUGUUAAAACACGAGAGCAAGGUAAUUUAAAAAGAGAACUCUACAGAGCAGUGUGAUACGUAGGGAGAAAUUUAAUCUGUAUAUUGUUGAAUAAAUAUUGUGCUGUAAGGGAUCUGA